CUCUUGGGCACUCAGCUCUUGUCGCAAGAUUUAAAUGCUUUCAGUGUUUUCCCCAUGUUUUGAAGCGUUUUUGCUCGACGAUGAGCGUUAUCAAGACAAUAUUGCCCAAGGCAUCAAUAAAUCGUUUUGCUUUUUACUUGCCGAGAUUGGAGCUCCAUUUUAAGAGCUAUGCAUUUUGUUCCAGCUGAGCAACCAGGCCCAAUGAGAAGUCCCGAACGCCACUAGCCCCCUUACCUGCAAUUUUCUGGCCCGAGCUCUAAUCGUCACCGCAGCAGAUGCACACCGAAGUCAAUCAUCAACAAUCUCAUUCUCUUUGCGCCCACUCAACAACACAUUGUGAGCCUCAUCAGGUGAUAAGCGCGCAAACAGAAACCAUUAACCAAGGACCUAACGCACUCUUAGCAUGCUGAUGCGAUAGCGCGACCGACAGAGGAGUCAGCCAAAAUGGCAGGCCAGGAGCCUCUGCAACAGUUUCGAGAUGUCAAAGAUGUCGUCUAUCGCUAUGACUCGGUUUUCGCGUCAAUCAAGUCGCCAACUGAGCUUUACGAGGAGAAGUUGAGAUCGAUUCAGGAUCGCAUCGCGCAAAUAUGGUCCGAAUUGCCAUCGGCGCCGCCGGACCAAACAUCCAGGCUUCAGGACAAUCUGAUUGAGCUGGCCGGCCAGAAGAAGGAACUGGAAAUCGACCAAAAGACGAACAUUGAGCACUAUGAAAGAAUUCACGCGCAGAAGGUUCUGCAAACGAUGGACUCGUUCCGCAACCACCUCUUUCAACUCAUGGGAACGUCCAGCGGACAGUCGCAAUUUCAGAUGACGCCUGACACUACGAGGCUUGGGACUGAUCGAGUUGAGAUCGCGCCCGUGGAGCCAGAGUUUCCGGGACAGGCACCUAUCGUCCCUGUUCCUGCAGAUGAUGAGAUGGACGAUGGACCAAUGUUUGACGAUAACCUGAUGGAUGGCACAAUGGAAGACGGCGCUGAUGAUGACGAACCUACGGAAGACAUCUUACUCCAGGAGGACAGCGUGAUGCAAGAACCUGUUGAGGCUGAACCUUACAACGAAGAACCUACAGAAGAGCCUACAGAAAAUCCCACAGAAGACGAACCUUUCGAGACGGAACCUGCCAACGAGGAAUCUGCGGAGGAAGAAACCGCCGAGGGGGAAACCGUGGAGGAAUCAGCAGAGGAAGAGCCCGUGGAGAGGGUGUCCGCCGAGGUGGAAGCUGGCGCGGAUAGUACUGAAGAGCCUGAUGACGAGCAAGCUGCAGAGGCAGAACCAGCCGAGAGAGAACCCGUUGACGAUGAACCUAUCGCAAGCAGGACUCGAAAGCCCAGCAAUCGCACAAAGGCAUCGAGCCGAGACAUUGCUGCUCGCGAAGAUAUUUCUGCUCGUCAUGCCAGAUAUACCUUCAGUCCAUCACCGACUCCGGCUGCUGAAACCAUCACGGUACAAGCAGACGAGUCUGAUGAUGAAGAGGAGGAUGAAAAUGAGGACGAGGACGAAGACGAAGACGAAUCAGAAGAAGAGGAGGAAGAGGCAUCUGAACCCGAAUUCUCUGAACCUGAUGAAGCUCCCCCAUCACCACGACAAACCAGAUCAGGAGGAACCAAGCGCAAGGGAAGCUUCUCGAGUCCAAUGACGAAAGCCAAACGCCAAAAGUCAGAACGAGCAUCUUCUACUAACAGAGAGACACAAAAGGAUGCACCAACAGCAGAGCCAACACGACGCCAGACUCGACUACGUCAACGACAUCACGACCUGACAGGCGCUGAUGAGUUUAAGGGAAUCAUCAACCCGAAAUGCGGAAAGGUCUAUUUGACGUACUGGGACAAGACCAAAGAAUGGCUUGCUGUCCUCAUUCUCCCUAUGGGCAGUUUCGACAAGAUCGGAAUUCCUGGAUCUAUCGAAACCUGCGGCUUAGCAGACUCCCUUCCGCCUUGUUACCAGUAUGAUAAAGUGUCCGGAGAAUACACAUGGGCCAAACUUUACGAGACUGGGAAUACUCUCGUCCACGAACGCAUGUUUCCGGUCAUGUACUUUGACGGUCGAGACUUUCCUAACAGGAGUGCCAUCGACUGGAUCGAAGCAAAGGACUUGCGGAGAUUUAACCCAAAGCUCAACAACGAUCUUCUUCCUCACAUCAAAGAGGUCGAAAAAUACUUAAAGGCUGACCCCGCCAGAUCAGCUUUGCAGGAGGAUGACGAGGAUGGCGAAGGAGUGCCGCACAAAGAGAGAACUGAGUCUCAAGUACCAAAACCAGAAGAAUCGAAGAAGAAAAAGCGCAAGUCGAGUGAACACAAGACUUCGGGAUCCAGCAAACCAAAGACAAAUUCAAAGAAGCAGGCCUCAGCAACAGAUACAGAGGUUCAGAAGGCAACCCCUACGCCGGAACAAAUGGCAGCACAUAGGGCAGCAGCACUGAAGCCUCAAGUGCUGAGGAUGAUAGGCCACCAUAAUAGCUCGGACAAAUUAAAACCUACCAAGACCGCAGCUUCGAAGCCAGCAACGACGGCUCCUGCAAAAACAAAUGAGAAAUAUUCAAAUAGUCGGCCUGCAUCUAGACCGUCCUCCCAUAAGCCAGCAGGGCCGAAGUCAUCGAGCUCAAAGCCAGGAGCAGCGAAUCCUGCGAGACCGGCGGGGAAAGGAUCUAAUCAGCAUGCACCAUCUGCCCAUAGGCUAUCGAGUUCGAAGACACCAGCUAGUUCAGAUCCCAAACCAACGGCUGCGAGACCUAGAGAAAAAGAAUCAAAUCAGCCUGCUCCUCAGCCGUCAGCUCCGAGGCCUGCCGAGAGUCAUCAAAGCAACCAGGUCCGGACAAGAUCCAAGCCAACAGGUCCGAGGCCAACCGUAACAAGGACAGCAUCAGGGACAUCUGCCGAGAAGGAGCCAAGCCAGCCUGUCACAAAGCCGCCGGCACCAAAGCUAACAGCGCCAGCUGAGAAGAUAUCAAAUCCGCCUGCGCCGAAGCCAACUGAACAUCGCCCAAACAAGACUGCUCAGACCAAGCCUCAGGCACCUGUAACUGCGGAACCUCAAGUCCCUCUUCCAGUUUCCGGCGAAAAUCAAACGGAAUUUGAGCCUCAGAAUGAUGAGCCUGCUCCAGUUCUGGAAGACGACUCUCCGGCUGCCCCUGUCCAGCAACAAGCUCCCCAACCCAGAGCUGACCCUCCGGCUCCGGCUCCGGCUCCAAGAGCUCCAAGAGCACCAUCGGCGCCGCCCAGGCCUCAGUCUGUUCCGCAGCCCAGCAGUGUUUCUCACCAUCCCUUGCCGAUGCCUUCGCCUGUGCCCAGGCCUGCAAGUACCAGGAAUCCACCACGGCCACUACCCGGUGAAGAUGUUAAGAAGGAGGAAAAGCCCAUUAUCGUCAUUGACAUUUCAGACGAUGAAUCAGACGGUGCUGCUGAAGACAAUGCCGCUGCUGCACGUACCUUAUCGCAACGGGCUUCCCGUGCCCAAGUUCUCCAACAGUUGACUGCCGCUCUGGAAGAAGACUUAACCACCAGCCAGCAACGAACGACAGCAGCCCAACGUACCGACGCAGAUCGACUAAGAGCGGUUGACAUCGCGCUGGCGGCACUGAGGCGGGAUGAACCAUCGAAUUCGUCGGUUGGACAGGCGUGGGACCGGAGAUCUUAUGACUCGACACAUAGGCCCGUGCAAGGGGAUGUAGAGAGAACACGUGCACCACUCUACAGCCCAGCUGUGACAAACACGUCUCUGCCAGAGCAGCACCAAGCACAAAUGGUAAACCCGAACCGGAGCAUCGGUAGGCAGCUCGGCUCUGGAUCACUUCCAACCCCGCCAGCCCAGUCGUUGCCAGGGCCCAUGGACAUCGAUAGCUAUUCAUCACGCCCUCGAUACAGCGCAGGGUCGAGUCCAAUAGGCCAACCAUAUCGCCAGCCACCUCCGGAGCAGCAUUCACAUCUACAACAGCCCCAGCCACGACAAGCGCAGGCUUCUCAACAACAGCUCCUGACUGAGUACAUGAGUGCUACACCCAGUCACCCAGAAAGCUUAUCUCGGCGACCAAGUCAUGAUCAGACACCACGGAUACCGGAGCCUCCUCCCACCACCCAGUACUGGCAUACGCAAGGGCGAUUGCAGCAAACACACGAUCCCCAACAGUCACCUCAGAAUCAAUAUCAGCCAAGUCAGCAAUCGCAUGCUUCCCCUAUGUCCACUGCACCUCCGGUUCAGUAUCCGCGACCUGAUGUACAACAGCAAUAUCCUCCUCAGCAAGCGGCUCCUUCGCAUUAUCAAAAUACGCAGUACCAGGCGCAACACCCUCCAGCGCAGCCGUAUAAUCAGCCGCCACAACCUGAUCAACAACAGCCUUCGGUGCAAUAUCAACAGCCACAGCCCGUCCAACAAUAUCAUGCUGCUCAUCAGCCAGCCCCAACUCAGCAGUAUGACACGCAGGCGCAAACUCAACCGAUUGAGAGAUCUACUCAGCGUACUCCUUCUCUUUCACACCUGAUGCACAGACAUUUGCAUGAAUCUCCGCAGAACAACCGUAACCAGGUGCUGCCGCCACUUCCGCAGUCUUCUCCCCCCAUCUCUUCUGCCCAAACUCACAACCAGACAUCACAUACAACGCGUCUAUCUUUUUCCAGCCCGUAUGCCACUCCUCCAACACAGCCUCCACCACACGUGGGCCAGUUCCCAAAUGUACCAACAGUCGCCUCACAGCAAGCUGUUCAACAUACGGCGCCUCUCCGUACUAGCCACGAGUGGCCAACCCCAUAUCAGAAUGGCCAAGCGCAGGCACAACAGGCCGGGGCUUCUGCUGAGCGGCCUUCUUCGUCUCAUUAUCAAUCCGCGCCCUCAAACCACUCUCGAUCAGCGUCUGGUCAUACACAAAACGAACAACGACCUCCCUACCUACCGUCAACUCAUAACGCAUCUCGGCCUUACCCCUCACCACACUGGAACCAACAAUCAACCCAGGUUUCGAAUCUUCCUCCUCCACGGCCACUCGCGGCUAUCGGCCAACAACUACAACAAGAUCCGAGCCUACUGCCACCCUUAGUAUCGAGUAAUAGGCCACCAGAACGGCCGUAUCAGCCUUCUUAUAACCCCUAUUCAACUAUUCCCAGCAUAAUGCAGCACCACGAACCACCUUCUGCCGCAGUCCAUCCACCCCAGCUUCCUCAACUCCGGCAAACUGGUGCUGGCUCGCCACCGGGAUUCUCUCAGGCACAACCCCAACAAUCAACACCUGCAGCAGCCUAUCACCCAGCCCCGCUUCGCCAAGUUGAACCAGCCGCGGGACCUGGGCCCUCACCGAUACAACCAGUGGUAAGCCCCCAUGAACAACGGGCCUUGCCUCCCCGGCCAGAGUCUUCAGCACCCCCGGCAUCACAGCCAUCCGCGCAAACAACUUCUAAUCAACAAGCUGAGCCUGAGUCUCGCUCGUCCCGUGAUAAGCGGGAUAAGCUAAACUCAGAACCACCGGAGAGCACCCAACAAACCUCAACAGCCGCAUCAACACAUCAGCCGGAACCUGCCACCGCGGAAGCCAACAAUUUUCACCCAUGGGUCCAAAUUGAUCUCAACCUUCCUCAAGACCCUCCCGACUGGGGUGAUUCGAUGCCAUUUGAGCUCGUCGAGUUCAUCUCUGAAUGGGAGCGCCUGCGUUCUCUACGCCAAGGUCUGGGAGGUCUACGCAACCACAGGGGCGGCCUCGAAUGCUUGUUCUGCAAUGGUCCUGAACGGGUGCCUUACGUCUAUGACCGCAAGAACUAUUUCGAGAAGCAUCUCUUGCAUCACUGGCAGAGGGUGAAGAAGCUUCAUCCAGAGGGGCCAGAUCCUACCCCACGCCCAAUACAGCGGCAACAGCCGUACAUUUUUAGGGACGUCACUGCAAAUCUCAAUAUUUGAUUCGGAAAAUAAUAAACAGGGAAGCAUUAUGCGAGGUGUAUUGGAUUUAAUGAGGCGUUAAUUGUUAUUGAUGCAUUUUGGUGUCAAAUGGAAGGAACCACGAGAGCAGAGCUACCGUCACUUUUGUGCCAUGGUAUUUGGGUAGGCAUAGAUUGACUGAUGUAUUGUAUAUAUGAUCUAAUAAUUUACACAUGGGAUGUUAUUUGCUCAAGUCAAAGCCAAGCAAAGGCCAUCAAGCUUAACGAAACCCUCAUCAUCACAAGAUGCAUUGACAAAUAUCUCGUGGGUAUAAACUAAAGGAACAUUUUGAAGAUGA